GUAUUUAUACAGUUUGACCAUAUCCUUUUGCACAAUUGAAACCCGCGUAUGGUGACGACCCCUCGGGCCAUCUUUCCGAUUUACUACUCUCGACCAACUUAAGCAUAUUCCGAUACAUUAACUGCAAAACUGGGAAUACAAAGACAUUAAGAAAAGAGCCCGUUCUUCGAGAUGCCUCCUCCACCACCUCCCCCACCGCCGCUCCCCGGCAUGGGAGGACCACCGCCUCCUCCCCCAGGUGGAUUACCACGACCACCGGCAUCAGGUGCCGGACGAGGCGCAUUGCUUAGCGAUAUAUCGAAAGGGAGAGCUUUGAAGAAGGCCGUUACCAACGAUCGAUCUGCCCCCCAAGUAGGAGGAGGAGUAGUAUCAGGAGGUGGAGGAGGCGGACCAGCGAUAGGAGGAGCGCCCCCUGUCCCAGUUCUACCCAGAGCUCCCGCGGUUCCAGGUGGACUUGCACCACCCGUAUCGGGUAAUAGAGCGAGGAGUAAUAGCGAUCAAGUGAGCCGUGACACUAAUGCAUCCGCAGAACCAGCGCCACAAUUAGCAGGCUUAUUCGCAGGUGGCAUGCCAAAGCUCAAGAAACGUGGUGGAGGUGUAGAUACAGGAGCAAACCAAAGCGCGUCAUAUCUUUCCGACACAGAAACAUCGUCAGCUCCUAAACCACCGACACUACCCAGACCGCCUAUGGGAUCCGCACCAGCCGUACCAGGACGUGCGGUUCCUGCACCCCCUCCCGCAACAUCUCACGCUUCGGUAGCAAACUUAAGAAAAACAGCUAGCGACGUCCCACGACCCUUUUCCGCCUCGAUAGGUUCGUCGAAAGGACCUCCGCCUCCUAUCGGGAAGAAGCCGCCCCCACCACCUGGAUCUAGAAAACCUUCAACACUGCCGUCUCACCCCCCGCAUCCUCCUCCUUUACCAGGCUCUCAUGCGCCGCCGCCUCCUCCCUCAUCAGCACCAGCUCCACCGGCGCCAGCACCUCCUCCGCCCCCGGUCUCUGCGCCGGCGCCGGCUCCUCCAGCCGCUGCUCCAAGACCUCCUGUAGCUCCAUCACGCUCGCAACCACCACCUCCGCCGCCAUCUUCAGCUCCACCCUCGAGUUCCCCAUCACCAAAUAUCGCCCUCCAAGCCGCGAUGCGCGCAACCGCAACGGGCGGUCGAUCCUCACCAACAUCAGCACCACCCCCACCGCCCCCCGCAUCCGCACCCUCUCCUCCCGCGCCAACACCCCGCGAAGCACCCACAAGCAGACAACGCGCGGGCUCAAACCUGCGCUCAAUGCUAGACCCAAGUUCUUACACCCUAGUGCCAAACGGCAGCGGCAAAUCCCCAAGUCCCACACCAACAAGCAGCGGCGUAACCAGCCCCCGCGAAGCGAGCCGACCCGGCGGUGGCGAACGCUACAUAGUCCAAGACAGCCGCUGGCGAUUCAAAGACGAAAGCGAGCUCCCCAAACCCCGACCCUUCCAAGGCGGUCCCCGCAAAUACCGCGCCGGUCGCGGGAGCAGUGUACCGCUAGAUUUAGGCGCGCUUUAGGGAAGCGAGGGCCCUGGUCCUAGUCGGAGUCGCAGUGCUAUUACGCGAAGACCGCGGUGGGAAGUUGGGAGAGGUUUAGGAUUGGGAGAUGUAGGGAAUAGUAGUAGGUUGAAGGAAGUAAAGGAGGAAGAUACGGAGAAGAAGACGAAGACAAAGAAAGGAGAUGGAUGGUUAAGUGUUCGCUGGUAGGCUACCCGCCUAUAUACCUAUCUAGCAGACAAAUGUUGAGAUGUCGUGCCUCGGCUAAGAAGAGACAUCGAUGGAAGAGGUAGAUCAUAUGCUCUGUACUGAGUAUUAGGUGUCUAUAUGCCUAAAGUACGCAUUCCACGAGUUAUGCGUUGGUAUG